AUGCGCCUCCCGGGCCUCUCCCUUCUCUCCCUCCUCGGCCCUCUCCUCAUCCUCGGCAAUUCGCCCCUCGCCUCCGCCAAAAUGGGCACUGCCUGCUUCAGGGUCGUCGCCGCCCUGGUCGGCCGACCCGGCGACAUCUUCCAGCAAUUCCAGACGGAGAUCUGCGAUCGCGGCUGCCAGCCCACCGUGCCGCAUUGGGACCUCUGGACGCGCAACAACACCUUCGUGCCGGCGGUGCGGGCGAUGAUGAAGCGCGUGGACUCGCCGCAACAAGAGGAGGAGAUGAUGCAGCUGGGCGACGACGUGGCGGACAUCAUCAAGAAGCGCUGCGGGCCGAUGCUUCAGGGGCGCAACAUCUGCGCGGACGACGAGACGCUGGCGGAGUUCGGCAAUUGCUUCAAGAAGCAGUUCUUCCGGGCGGCGCUGGUGCAUCUGCCUCGUCUGCUACCCAUGGCGUCGGAUGAGAUCUGCAGCGAGCAACUGGCCUACUUGCAGAAGGACGAGUUGUGGCAGGAGAUCAUCCCGGGGAACAUGCGCGAGUAUGCGCAGAAUGAUCUGACUAAAGUCGGCGUCGGAGACUCCGCGGAUGUAAACCCGCCGAAAUCCUUCGGCCUGCUCGCCUCAAUGGCCUCCCUCUUCGCCUCUUGGCGCUCGGCUCGUUCCCAACUGCGUCCCCUCCUGCGUCAUCGACUCCACCAUGCGCCCUCACGAUCAGUGCAUCACCCCGGCCAAUUCCAACCUCUCGUGCCUCCCUCGCCCAGCUCGCUAGGCAAACCCGUCCCUGCGAAGGCAUAUACACGCACUCGCAAGUGGCUCCGACGACUGGCGUACUUCUCUCUGGUCACGGGAACCAUCUACACUGUCGACUCGCUCUUCUACGAGCAAUGCCUGACCCGCACGGCGCGCACCUUCGGCCUAGGCAUCAUCGUCGCCGCCGACUACAAGAUCAAUUUCCGCCCGGACCCGCCCUUCGCUGAGUCCAUUACCGCUCUGCACGCGCGCAACGCCGAGCGUCUGUCCGACCUCCUGCGGCACAAUGGCGGGCUGUAUCUGAAGAUGGGCCAGGCGAUUGCCAUGCAGUCGGCCAUCUUGCCGCCCGAGUUCCAGAAGAUGUUCUCGCGCAUGUUCGACGACGCACCGCAGAAUGACUGGAAGGAUGUCGAGCGCGUCAUCCGUGAGGAUUUCGGUCGCUCGGCCGAGGAGGUCUUCGGCGUGUCGUUUUCCGGGGACCCCGAGAAGGGCGUCAUGGAGAAGCAGGCGCGGGCUAGCGCCAGUGUGGCUCAGGUGCAUUGGGCCCGACUGGAGGAUGGUCGUGAGGUGGCGAUCAAGAUCCAGAAACGGGAGAUUGCAAAGCAGAUUCUGUGGGAUCUGUGGGCUUUCAAAGUUGUCACUUGGAUCUAUAGCCGCAUGUUCCAGAUCCCCUUCUACUCCCUGGUCCCGUAUGUCAGCGACCGUCUGUUCCUCGAAACCGACUUCGAGAACGAGGCCGACAACUCCGAGGACAUGGCGCGCCUCGUCGCCGGCGAGUCCCGUCUGCGCGGCCGCGUCUACAUCCCUAAGGUCUACCGCGAGCUGAGCUCGAAGCGUGUCAUGACAGCCGAAUGGAUCGAGGGCGUGCGUCUCUGGGACAAGGACGCCAUCACGAGUGGCUGGCGCGGCGGGUGGCGCGAAGGCAGCCCAGGCUGCCACGGUACUCCCUUAGACCCGCCCAGCAACAGCAACAGCAACAACAACAAUAAGAAGAGCAAGAAGAACUCCCCUCGCAACCCAAACGGCGCCAACCUCAAACCAGACCGCGACUACUGGCGCGGCUGGAAUAACCGCGGCGGGCUGGGUCUAUCCCUAAAAGAUGUGAUGACCACCAUGGUGGACCUCUUCUCCGCACAGAUGUUUCUCUGGGGCAUCGUGCACUGCGACCCUCACCCAGGUAACAUCUUCGUGCGCCGCAAGCCCUCCGGCCAAGCCGAGCUCGUGCUAAUCGACCACGGCCUCUACAUCCACAUGAGCCCGCACUUCCGACACCAAUACGCGCGAUUCUGGAAAGCCCUUCUCGCCUUCGACAACGCCACGCUCCGCUCCGUCGCCGCAGACUGGGGCAUCACGAACGCCGACAUGUUCGCCUCCGCGACGCUCAUGCGGCCCUACCAAGGCGGCGACCGCACCGUGCAGACGAGCCUCGAGGGCCUGUCCAAGGUGGAGCGCCGCCACCGACACUACGAGAUGCAACAGGCCGCGCGAAAGGGCAUGCGCGACAUCCUCGGCGACGGCACCAAAUGGCCCCAGGAACUCAUCUUCAUCGGCCGGAACCUGCGCAUCGUCCAGGCUAACAACCAGUUCCUGGGCUCCCCUGUCAACCGCGUCAAGAUCACCGGAACCUGGGCGUCUCGCGCCCUAGUCGAGUCCCCUGACUUGCCGGCGGGUGAGAAAAUGCGGAACCUGGCCCGCCACAUGCUCUUCCGGGUGGUGCUGUUCACGAGCGACUUGUAUUUCUGGUUCACGAAGGUGAAGCAGUUUUUGCAUUUGGGCGGUGGCAUGGAGGAUGAGAUUGAGAAGCAGAUGCAGGGUAUGGCGAGGGAUAUGGGGGUGGAUUUGAAUCAUGGGGUUUUUGAGGGGUAG